UCGAGGCAGCCGGCGGCAGUCAGGCAGGCAGCGGGACCAGUGACAGACUACAGCUCGCACCUCCUUCAUCCCUGUUCCACACAAACCGCUCCCUCACAUACUCACGCCAGCAUUGUAGAGAGCGAUUAGGGUAGAUGUAGAUGUUCUGCUGCCCGUCGCUACUAGCAAGGAUGUCGUCAGACCGCAAAGCCGUGGUAAAGAAUGCCGACAUGUCAGAGGAGAUGCAGCAAGAUGCUGUUGACUGUGCCACCCAGGCUAUUGAGAAAUUCAACAUUGAGAAGGAUAUUGCUGCAUACAUCAAGAAGGAGUUUGACAAGAAAUAUAACCCUACUUGGCAUUGCAUCGUGGGUCGUAAUUUUGGCAGCUAUGUAACGCAUGAGACAAAGCAUUUUAUCUACUUCUACCUGGGACAAGUCGCCAUUCUUCUUUUCAAGAGCGGUUAAUAUGGCCAUCUCUCUCCUCCCCCAUAUCAAAACUAGGGGUAUUCACCGUGUUAGAUGUGCAUUUCUGGAGCAGGUGAAUACCCCAAACCCCUCCCUCCCAAACUAAUACUAGAUACCUCUAGCCCAUAGGGGGAUGGAGGGAUUAUAGACCACCAUUUCCUGGGGUUGCUAAUCAUGUGCAGUGCUGCUAGGUUGCUAGCUGGAGAGCCAAGCUCUUCAUUUUACACUAAAGCACACAUUUUGUUGCAAUGCUAAGCAAAUGUUAGCAGUGUCUUAAAGAAAGACUAUCGUUUGCUUUCAGAGCGCCAUACCUGGCAGCACAUUGCUUUUUGAACUGGUCAUGGCACAUCAUUUUUACAUUUCCAGUUUUCUCAGUGUACCUCCAUUAAAAGCUAAAGAGCUUUUAUCUCACCACAACAACUAAGCUGGUGUAGAGUCACCUGCUGGGCUGCUGUGGCGGCUGACCAGUGUGAAUGAAGUAUUUAUUUAAUAUUUGUAUAAUCUACUGUGCACAAUUCUCAUCCUCAAUUUUCAUAAAUUGACCUCUUUUAUCUCCUAAAGUAGGUAGGAUUCAUUCCUCAGUCCAUUGUCAUGCAUCUCAAUUAAUUAAUGUCUGGUGUCAGUCCACGUUGGUGCAAAAUGUAGGAAGUUGAUGCAUAAUCCUGCCUAUACUGAAGCAAGUCCUGUACUUAAAAAUCUAUUUGCUUGUGAUAGUUAUCUCUAGCUAGUAGCUCCAUCUUCAUUCAUCUUGAAAGAUAAUACUAAUUAUCCUCUUGAGAUAAUUACUGCUAUUGGUUUUUCAGCUUUCAAAUCCAAUGGUAGAACUCUUAACUGUCCCUCAAGAUAUGACUCUCAAAGCAUCCCACUCAUAAACCGUACAGUCACACCAAGAGAUUAAAUGAGAAGUCACAUUUGAGGGAUGGUGUACAUAAAGUUGUAUAUUUCAUCCUUUGCGGCAUCUUGUUUCAGACCACUCACCUUCCAUGUCAAAAGGUGCAUUAUGUAUCAAUUUGGACAGCAGCUUUGCACUAGUUCACAUUUAGCUGCUCAAUAACAAGUUUUGUGCCUCUGAAUUAACAGUAACAUUCAGAUUGUUUGGUUUUGAAGAAUCAUUUAAUAUGUUUUUAUUUAUAUGAAAAGUUUAUUUUCAAUAUUAAAAUGCAGAACAGGAAAAAUUCUUUUGUUCAUGAAAUAUUUAUUUCGUCAUGUCAAAACGCUGUGUUCUGUGAUGUUCAUCAAAGUAAAUACAAUCUAUUUAUGUGUAA